AUGAGAAAAACUAUAAUUCAAUGUUUAUUAUGUGGAUUCUUGACACUUGGGAUAGUGGAAGCUCUGUUAUUCAGAUAUUUCCACCACAAUGUGAAAAACGAAGAGAAGACAAUUCGGGAAUCAGCAUCAAUUUGGUCUCUUGAAAAAGAUGUGCCUCAGCAAAUUACCCAUGGCUCAGAGCAAAAUAUCGAUGAUGACCCUGAAUUUGAACAUCUGAAGUCAUAUUCUAAGCCAAUUGGCAAUUUUAACCAUUCCGAUCCAGAAUUUUAUAGUGGAUUUUUCAAAUAUGGAUUAAACAUCGUUAUGAGUAGAAGUGUGGGCGUCAGGAGAGAUGUGCCAGAUACCAGGGAUAAAAUAUGUCAUCGAAAACGGUACCCACACCAUCUCCCCACUGCCAGCAUUAUUAUUUGCUUCCACAAUGAAGAAUUGAAUGCCUUGCUUCGGACAUUGUCCAGUGUCGUAAAUCUCACUCCAUCUCAUCUCCUUGAAGAAAUUAUCUUGGUAGAUGACAUGAGCGAAUUUGAUGAUUUGAAAGAAGAGCUCGAUCAGAAGCUGGAAGAUUUUCGGGGAGUGGUUAAAUUAAUAAGAAGCGAAAGAAGAGAGGGACUGAUUCGUUCAAGACUGAUCGGAGCAGCUCACGCUUCUGGGGAUGUCCUGGUGUUCCUGGACAGCCACUGUGAAGUGAACAAAGUCUGGCUGGAGCCUUUGCUGAGUGUCAUUGCCAAGGACCCCCAUACGGUGGUGUGCCCUAUAAUAGAUGUCAUUGAUGAGAUGACCCUGGAAUAUAAGCCCUCGCCUAUUGUAAGGGCAACUUUUAACUGGAUGCUGCAAUUUAAGUGGGAUAACGUUUUCUCUUACGAGAUGGAUGGACCAGAAGGACCUACUAAACCAAUCCGGUCACCUUCCAUGGCUGGAGGAAUUUUUGCCAUCCAUAGGCGUUAUUUUAAAGAAAUUGGACAGUAUGACAAGGACAUGGAUCUUUGGGGAGGAGAAAAUGUGGAAAUUUCAUUACGGAUCUGGAUGUGUGGCGGUCAGCUCUUUAUAAUCCCCUGCUCCCGAGUGGGACACAUCACAAGGAAGAGCCCUGAACCCAACUUGGCGGUCAUUAAAGCCGUGACGCGGAACUACCUCCGACUGGUGCACACUUGGCUGGAUGAGUACAAGGAGCAGUUUUUUCUUCACAGACCUGGCUUGCGCUCCAUUCCCUACGGAAACAUCAGCGAACGGGUUGAAUUAAGGAAGCGGCUGGGUUGCAAGUCUUUUCAAUGGUAUUUGGAUACAGUCUUCCCAGAGUUGGAAGCCACUAUGGACAGCAGAUGA